ACCAGAAAAUAAGAAGGAAAAAAGCCUCCCAUUUGGUCUCAAGGCUCACUGCAAGAAAGAAAGAAUUCUAAUUCCAAUACCAAUUCGAAUAGAGAUCAUAUAUGGACGAAGAAACCCUAAACCCCCUUACUUCUGAAGAAGGCAACAAUGGCGAUCAAACCAUGCCAGACCUCCUCCCUGACCAAGACCUUAGCUCCUCCGAUUUCGAUUCAGACUCUGACUCUGGCUCUGAAAACGGCGACGACCAAGCCCACCAAAACCUCCAACUCCAAACCCUAGAAGCCGAGCUGUCUGCCAAUCCUGGCAACUACGAUACUCAUGUCCAAUACAUAAAGAUUCUGAGGCAAAUGGCUGACAUUGAAAAGCUGAGGCUGGCAAGGGAAGCUAUGAAUCAGCUGUUUCCGUUAACCCCUUCUAUGUGGCAGGAUUGGGCUAAGGACGAAGCUUCUCUUUCCACUGGGUCUGAUGCUUUUUGUGCUAUUGAAAAGCUUUACGAGCGAGGAGUCUUUGAAUAUCUGUCCAUCUCUCUUUGGUGUGACUACUUAGAUUUUGUUAAAGAAAAUGAUCCCUCAGUAAGAGAUUGUUCACCUGCUGGUAUUUCGAAGGCAAGAGAUCUAUUUGAACGUGCUCUUACUGCAGCUGGUUUGCAUGUUUCUGAAGGCAAUAAACUAUGGGAAGCCUAUCGGUCGUUUGAGCAAGCUAUAUUUCAUACUAUUGACGAGAAAGACAAUCAGGCAAGAGAAAAGCAAAUUCAGCGUGUCCGCUCUUUAUUCCACCGUCAGUUGUCAGUCCCCCAUGUUAAUAUGAGGUCAACACUUUUGGAUUACAAGGCAUGGGAGGUGGAACGAGGAAACAUUCUUGAUGCUGGCUUCAGUGACCUGGAUGGAAUUUCAUUCCAGGUUGCCUCAGCGUAUAAAAAGGCACUGGAAAUGUAUGAUGCUCGCGUUCAUCUUGAAGAACAGAUUUGUCUGCAGGAUAUGUCAGACUCAGAAAGACUUCAAAAUUUCAUGUUUCUGGAAAGAAUAAAUUAUUCUUUUCUGCAGAAGUACUUGAGAUUUGAACAGUCUUCUGGAGAUCCAGCCCGGGUCCAAACGUUGUAUGAACGUGCUAUUACGGCCUUUCCUAUAUCCAGUUAUCUCUGGCUUGAUUAUACUCGUUAUUUGGACAAAACAUUGAAGGUUGGCAAUGUUAUAACCAACGUUUAUUCCAGGGCUGUAAUGAAUUGCCCCUGUGUUGGAGAGCUUUGGGUCCGAUAUAUGCUUUCCUUGGAGCGUGGUCAUGCUUCUGAGAAAGAGAUUGCCUCUGUCUUUGAGAAGUCUCUGCUAUGCACUUUAACCCUUGAUGAGUACCUAGAUUUGUACCUCACCCGCGUAGAUGGCUUAAGAAGAAGAAUAUCAUGCGCUGUUGAAGGAGAGCAUGGCUUGGAGUAUUCAUUAAUCAGGGAAACCUUUCAGAAUGCAUCAGAUUACUUGUCAGCAUACCUGAAGAACACGGAUGGCUUGCUACGUUUGCAUGCUUAUUGGGCCCGUUUAGAGCUAAAUCUACAUAAGGACCAACUGGCAGCUCGUGGAGUUUGGGAGACUUUACUUAAGCUCUGUGGUUCAAUGCUGGAAGCCUGGCAAGGUUAUAUAGCAAUGGAAACUGAAUUGGGUCAUGUUAAUGAAGCUCGGGCCCUAUAUAGGAGAUGUUACAGUAAAAGAUUUCCCGGAACUGGUUCAGAGGACAUCUGCCACUCGUGGUUACGUUUUGAGAGGGAGUUUGGUUCGUUGGAUGAUCUUGACCAUGCAGUACAGAAGGUCACUCCUCGUCUGGAAGAGCUAGAAUUAUUCAGGUCACAACAAGAAUCCAAAUUGAUAGAAGAGUCUCCUUUGAAGAAGAAUGCUCGUGAUAAGAGAAAGCAAGUUUCUGACAUACCUAAUGAACAGCAUCCAGCAAAGAGGCAAAAAGAUGCGGCCCAAAAGCCAAAGAAAGCACAUGGGAAGGAUUCUGAGGCGGUGAACUCAGUUGAACAAACUAACGUGGAAAAGAUCAAGGCCACGGGUGACCAACCAGACACAGAAAAUGAGCAACAAAUGAAGGAGCGUGUUCCGGAGAAAAGAAAAGUAUAUGCUGACCAGUGUACUGUUUUUGUUUCAAAUAUUAACCUUAAGGCAAAUGAUGAACAUCUGCGUCAAUUCUUCAGUGAUGUUGGGGGAGUGGUUGCUGUAAGAAUACUACAUGACAAGUUCACUGGAAAGUCCAGGGGAUUGGCAUAUGUGGAUUUCUCAGAUGAUGCCCACCUCGUUGCAGCUGUUGCAAAAAAUAAGCAGAUGCUCCUUGGGAAGAAGCUGAGCAUUACACGAUCAGAUCCAAAGCAUGGGAAGAAGGAACAUGCCAGGGGAGCUGAGUCUAAUGAUUCUGCUGAGGCCUCCAAUGCACCUAGAGCACGUCAAGGACAGCAGUCUACUUAUAACCGAGGAAGUGAUAAUGUACAGCUGAAGGGUAGGAACACAUUUGCAACUCCCAGGAAUAUCCUUGCACUUGGUCGUAGUACAAAUAAACCAACUACUGAGAAACAGGAUGAUGAAAAGCCAAAAUCCAAUGACGAGUUCAGAAACAUGUUCCUCAAAGGUUAGGGCUUUCUUGCUGGGUUCUGUAACUUUACUGCAAAGUACUAGCAACUUCCUCUUUUUGGAGACAAAUCAAACACCUGUGUUCUGAAUCGCCAACCUUGGCCAUGCUAUGAGUAGGAUAUAAUUGGGGGGACAGCCCUCUUUUGCUGAAUUCGGUAUAAAUGAAUUGAAUCUGUUACCUGUUACAGAAUGUAAUUAAGGUUUAGUUUUCCUAAUACAACGUCUGUUCAUGAGAUGGUUCCGGCCAUCUGUUUUA